GGAUCAGUUCUGCCCCCCUGUGGGUAAAGUAACCACCGCAUGGGAGUUUGUAUCCUGCCACCAAGGUUAGUCAUUAACCUUGCCUUCUCAGUCACUCAGGGCACCGAAGAAGGAGGACAGCACUCUGUCCAAGGCAUGCUGCUACUCAGCCGCCACAUCUUACCAUGGGCGACUGUAACCACUGUACAUACGAGCGGCCUUUGUCGGUAGAGGACGACAUUACCGUAGUGUUUCACAAAGUUGACAGCCAUGGCACAAACAGCGGCGACGACCACGGCGAGUGUGGCGAUGAUGAACGGGCAGCCGAGCGGAUUCACUUGCGAAGUAAGUGUCAUGUGUCGUGCGGUUACGACGAUGAUGCUGAGGAGAAGCAGGAAGCCAGAAGGAGCGAAGAUUCACUGGAAGGCAGCGAGAAGAAAACGCUGUGUCCGCCGGCGUUUUGCGUCCGGAGCAAAACUGCAUCCCGGGAAGGAAGCGCGAGAGAAGACACAGAAAAGCCAAAAGGAUGUCCAGGUUUUGGUUUGUUCUAUGCUUUCUUGUCCACAGUUUUCUUCUCCAUCAUUGCCCUCUUGGUGAAAACCAUCCAGGGACUCCACGCCAUAGAAAUCAGCGCCAUACGCUGCUUCUUCCAGAUGCUCUUUGUUGUGCCGUUACUCAUCUACCACAAGACAGGUUUCCUUGGUCCCAGAGAUAAACGUAUAUAUCUGGUGCUUCGGGGUUUCAUUGGUUCCAAUGCCAUGAUCCUGCUCUUCUAUGCCGUUCAACAGAUGCCCUUAGCAGAUGCCACUGUCAUCAUGUUCAGUAAUCCGGUCUUUACCUCGCUUUUGGCUUGGAUCUUCCUGAAGGAGAGAUGUACAAUCUGGGACUGUGUCUUCACAGUUUUUACCCUCACCGGAGUCAUUCUUAUCGCCCGACCGCCAUUCCUCUUUGGCGACCAUCUAGGUGGCAUUGAGGGCAACUACACUAACCACAUCAAGGGGACUAUUGCUGCAUUUGCAGGAGCGAUCGCUGCUGCCUUUACUUUUGUUGUCCUUCGCAAGAUGGGGAAGAGCGUCCAUUACUACCUCUCUGUUUGGUACUAUGCUGUCAUCGGGUUGAUCGAGUGCAUCAUCGUUGUAUCCGUCCUUGGGGAAUGGAAAAUCCCGUUCUGUGGCCGUGAUCGCUGGAUGCUGAUGUUGAUCGCUGUCCUGGGUAUCGCUGGUCAGACCUUCCUGACGAAGGCCCUGCAGAUUGAAAAGGCUGGACCUGUGGCCCUGAUGAGGACUGUGGAUGUGGUGCUGGCGUUCAUCUUCCAAUUUAUUUUCUUUAACCGUGCACCGACCUUGUGGAGCCUCGGAGGGGCGCUGUGCGUAGUGGUGAGCACUAGUGGAAUAGCAUUUAAGAAGUGGUACACCAGCUCUCGCAAGAGCUGAGCUGGAGACGCAACACAGAAUACUUUAGUAUUACUAUUUAUUCUUUUUUCAGUAUCAUAUGUUCUUGAUUUAUUCUGUUUUACUUGUUAUUUACACGCACACCUAAGGAGGAGGUUUAAGCUAUUUGGAGAGUUAAAUCAGAAAUAUAGAAGGAUAAUCUUGUAGGGGUCAGCUUUUAGCUUGUGAGAGUUUAUAAUUCAAACAUCUGUACAUCUAUACAUGUUGAUUCCUGAGAGUCAACUUGUGUAAUUCAUUGUUAUGCAUUUAUUUUUGUGUAAAUGAGCACAUCUUUAAGGGAAAUAAGAGGAAGGAAAAACUCCAUUAUAUCCACUUUACUGCUCCAAACUGUUUCCUGCUCCUUGAAGCUUCUGUAGCUAACUAACUUCUGAAUAAUUUUUUCUUUAUCUGUAUACAGUAUAAAUGGGGUGAAAUUUGAAUUUCACCACCGUGAAGAAGUGUGAUGACGUAUGUCAUCAGUCCCAUAUUUCUUUUCCUUUAACCUGAAUGAAAUAGCCAAAGAGAGAGGUUUACUUCAUUGGGACCAUUCAUACUGUGUCACAUACAAACAAUUAUAAUACACAAAAAAAAAGUUUAGUACGUAUUCAAUUUAUUGUGGUGAGUGUUUGCAAAAAACCCCAAAAACAAUACCUUAAUAUAUCUGUGAUGCUGACAGCACAACUAUGAUCACUCUGUCAUCCACAAUAAGAAAAUGAAAUAUAAUGCACACCAAGUAAGUGGUAUAACCACGUAAAUACAACCAUUUAUUACCCAUUUUAGCAAACAAAAAGCAUUUAUUUUAAAGACACUGCAAAUGUGUCGAAAAAAAUAAAAUAAAAUGCCAAAAUUGGCUUGCAAAGUUUUUACUUGAAUACAUGCUGUAGGAUUCUCUCAGGGAUUUUUCACCUGUUUAUAAGCCCCAAAUUUGAAAUGCACCUAAAUCCUAGAACUUAUCCAUGAAAAAAAUUAUUCCAUUGUGAUAUACUGAUUUUGUGAUUUGAAUUUUUCUUCUGUUACCAUAGUCUUUUCUAAUGUAUUUAAAGGUUAUGGCAAAUAUCUAUUAUAAUCCAGAAUAUAUAUAUAUAAAUAAUUUCUUAACAAUAUCUUUGAAGUGCCUUAAGUAGGGACCUUUAACCUCCCGCCUCUCUAGUGGAGCUGCUCAGUAACCAGCAGCUUGUACUGGGCAGUUCUCAGGUGUCAUAUGAAGUAGGGUUCUUUUGAAAUCAGCUGAAUAAGUAAUGAUUUUUAAAUGCUUGUAUGACAAAUUCAAAGAUGACGUCUAACAGCAUUUUAAAAAUGUGGCACUUAAGAUGUGACCCUUUAACCCCCACCAAAGGCCACGCUGAUUUCUUCAUCAUCUCAGUAGGGGUCAGCUCAUAGGGUGGCUAGCACUUAAUGUCAUCUUAGGACUGAAUCAUCUAAUAAGUGUUGUCAACAGUCUGAGAAUAUGUUUUCUCUUUUUAUCUAAUGUGACAUUUUCUAUGACAGUGAUGUAGGUUUUUUUUUUUUUUCACUGACCUGAGAGUUGAUUUGAUCUUUAUUUCCAUGUAAUUUGCUGUGGUUUGAAAUUCAUUUCAACUUUGCACAAACAUUAUGCAAAAAGAAGUUAAAUUACAAUGAUUAGGAGCCCACUGAAAUGAUAUUUUGUUACCAAUAUUACCAGUAACCUAUGAAAAAUGUAUCAGCUCAUAAAAUUCUGAUCCUAACGAUUGUUUUUAAAGAGCAGAAUAUACUGAAUAUACUGUAGUUAAUUCUGGGUCAUUGCCUUGGGAUAUGAUACAUUUUUAAAGGGAUGAACAAUCAGAAAUAUAUUAAAAUCAGCCUACCACUUGUGAGGAAUAUAUUUAAAGGCUCUGUGACAUUGAUUAAUUGUUCAUACUACAGUAUUACAGUAUGAUAUUUCAGUCACUUCAGACUUUCAGAGGCUAAUUUUAUGUUCUUGAUUUGCUUUGACAUUGACUUUAGUGCUAAGAAUUUUAGUUUAGUUGACUUGAACUCUGGUAGUGUAAGCACAAUGUGUUGAAUUGCCAUCAAAUGGUUAGGUAAACGUUUGUUUCAGGACCUAUAAGCCUUACAAACCUACUAAAGCUGUUUUUAGGAUUUUUAAACUAUGGUUUAAUAGUAUUUAUUUUACUAUUUCUGUAACAUGUUACAUCAACAUAUAAGAUGUAUAUAUUUCUGCAUAGUAAUGGAUAAUAUUUAGUUUAAUAUGAUUCAAGAAUAAAUUCGAUAUGACUUCAUAA